AUGUGGAAAAGCCAGUGUUUUAUGAUUCGCAGUUUCAGUGCCGUACAGUGUGCGCAACAAUCGUCGCUAGCACGAGCAGUUUCGUCGCCCGUUUCGGUUGAGCGACGGCUUCUCCGAGACGAAGGUUUUGCAGCAGAUCGUCGUUCGCGAUCCGUCGCACAGGAGGAGUCUACUUUCGAGCCGCCUCGGACUCUGCGGGAGCAUGGCGACUCGAAACCCGCCGCGGCGCUUUUCCCGCGCAUUCCCGGGUCCCUCGCGAAAGCAGAGCCGAAGCCGGCUGUCGCAGCGUCGCAGCAGGAAUCGCGUGCGACGGAAGGCGACGACCCGAUAGAGCGUGCGAAUAUCGUGGGGAGAGCCGAGCUCUAUGUCGCGGAUGGCAUGGGAUCUGUUAAAGAGGCAUCAUCCUCGUUAUUAGCGUCUUCGGUGUUGACGGAGAAUAAUCAAGGCGGUCUACUAACGGAGGUCAAAGUGGGGCUGGAUGGUUUGGUCGUGGAAUCGCCAUGUGACACUAAUGAGGGGUUGUGGGAGGAAGAUUCGGACUGGCCUCUUUAUAAGGCGGGAGACUGCCCCCUCAUUUGGCACACCGGGAAUCAGUGCAUGGAAAACGGCAGGCCAGAUACUCUAUAUCAGCGGCUUCGUUACAAGCAACCUCGGUGCCCCGCGCCGAAGCUCAACGGGAACACUUUGUGCUCGUUAGUGGCGAACAGGAGCAUUGCGUUUGUGGGCGAUUCGUUAACGGAGAACAUGUUCGAGUCGCUCAUCUGCCUGCUGCACCGCUUCCAUGGCUCCCCCACGCCUGUGUCCGUGGGGCAGCAGGAGCGCGUGUUGCGCUGGCCGGCCUGCAACACCACGAUCGCGUUUUACUGGAGCGCGUAUCUCACCAAGCUGUCGCUGACGGUGCCAGGCGAGCACAGCAAGGGCGGCCAGCUGGACCUGAGCCACGUGGACAUGCACUGGGGCCACCACGUGGCAGAGCAUGACACGUUCGUGAUCAACACAGCCCACUGGUGGUCACCCCAGCGCCUCUGGUUAGGCGGCAUCCCUUUCUCACCGCCCUACUCCUCCUUCGCCUCCCCCACCUCCCUCCUCUCUGCCUACCGCACUGCCCUCAACACCGCGCUCUCCGCUUUCUCCUCUCCUGAAUCCAGUAACAAGCUCGUGGUGGUUACCACCAGCGUCCCUGGCCACAAAGAGGCACCUUCUUCUAACCAGUGCUCCUACACUGAACCCCUUAAACCCUUUCUUGAUGGAAAUCAAGCGGCCAAACGCCCGGGUUCGCACAUGGAUGGGUUUAAUGCGGUGGUGAGGGGUGCAGUGGAGGAGUACAGGAAGGCGAGGGGGAGGGCGGGUUGGGUAGGGGCGGAUGCGAUGGUUUUGGAUAUUCAUGCGGUGUCUGUGUGGCGUCAGGAUGGGCAUCCCGGGGUGUAUACGGGAUCGAGUACAGUGGAUUGUGGGCACUAUUGCUUGCCUGUCACCGAAGCAUCAUCCACACCCUUCUCCCUCACCUCCUUCCUCGAGUCCUUCACCGCAUUCCACUCCAGCGAAUCCACUCAAGACCGCACAGAAACCCUUUCCGACUCCCAUCACCACGUCGCGAGGCGGCGUCUAGCUGGCAUCACGGAAUUGGUCGAUAAGAUCGAGCGGGUGGAGCAGGCGGUGUUCGAGCCGCAGGUGAUUCAACGGCCGCCGCGACCAAGCGCCGUGGGACGCGUCGAGCUCUACGUCGAUGACGGCAUGGCCGUCGACGGCGCGGAUACGUCCGACGACGUCAUGCUCUCACGCGCCUCGCCGGAUGAUGCCGCGGGGCCCGCCCUUCUUCCCUUGGACGACAACCUGGUAACCGACGUUUCGCCCGUCGCGAAGCAGCAAGUGUUGGAGCGGUCGUCGCAGCGGGGCGCGGGUGGUGGUGCCGGAAAUCCUGAGGACCGCACGAGCUGCUCCAUGGAACGCGGCUCGUGGCAGGUGGAUCCCACGUGGCCGCUGUACGACGCCACGUGUCCGUUCAUCUACGGAAAUCAAAACUGCGUCAAAAACGGCCGGCCGGACCGCCUGUUCGAGCGCAUCCGAUGGACAACCCCGGGCUGCCCGCUUCCCACGCUGAAUAAAGCCACCCUCUGCAGCCUCGUCGCCGGAAAGAGCAUCGCAUUCAUAGGCGAUUCCGUCACGCGCAACACGUUCGAGUCGCUCGCGUGCCUCAUGUACGGAUUCUACGGGAUGCCGGAGGAUCUGGCGGGGAUUAACAUGUCGUACGGGCUGGAGCGCGGAUUCUUGUGGCCGUCGUGCAACUUCACCCUCGCGUUCUAUCGCACGAAUUUCAUGGUGCAGUUGACACUGGACGAUCCCGGCAAGCCCAAGGGCGGCGGCGUGAUGGACCUGGGCAAGCCGGACGAGAGAUGGAUGAAGCGACUGGAUCAACACGACAUCUUCGUUAUUAACACAGGUCAUUGGUGGACCGAGCAGAAGAUCCACGGUUCGGGAUUCCGAUUCGCGCCGCCCCACCAAAAGCUGUCAGUUGCUGAGGGGUUUCAAAAGGCCUGGGAGAUGACCCUGGGGGUGUUUAAGAGCGACCGCAUGCGAGGCAAGGUGCUCGUUAUUCCCACUAAUUCGGCGACCCAUUUCACGGGCCAGGGUUUUAAGAGCGAGUGCCCACACAAGGCUCCGAUGAACGCCACGGGGUUCCUUAAUGACAGGUUUAUCAGGAACUACAUGACGAUGGAGCCUUAUAAUGGGGUGAUGAGGAAGCUUGUAGCGGGGAUGCAUGGGAAGGAGAGGGCGGAGGGGAGAAUGCAAGGGGCGAAGGUGGUGCUGCUGGAUCAGGCUCGGCCGACCCUGUUCCGAAGCGAUGGGCAUCCGGGCAAGUGGGCACUCCUGCCCAACGGAGUAAGGGACUGCGGACAUUUCUGUCUGCCCGGCGUACCUGACGCGUGGAAUGAGAUGAUGCUGCAGCGGCUGUGGGUGCUGGACGAAGCACAGCGGGAGUGA